AUGAUGCACGCAACACCCACGAACCGCCUCAGAUUGACCCCCUCCAAUUCGCCUUUCCUCCAGCGCCCUUCGCGCUCCCCUCUGCGCGGUCGCCAGUACCAUGAGUCCCGGCUUGCGUUGAAAAGGGUCAUCGGCACCACGUGUGCCUCGCCCACCGGCUUCGAUACUGUUCAGUCCUCCUUCGCCUACAUCGCCGGCGGUGCCGUCGUGGUCGUCGAUGUCGACGGCGAGCAAUACUCGCAGCGUUUCUACCGAGCACGGCCGACAACUCUGCCCAUCUACAGCACUUCUUCCUCUUCUUACGCUCCCUCCACGCCAACAUCUACACCCAAGGCCAACGACAGUAGGAACCGCGUGGCCCUGGGCAUUCGCGACUCCUCCUACGGAACCCUUGACUGGUCGGAAUCUCCUACAUCGCGGACCUGGACCAGCCGCGAGCGAAUCAAGGCCGCCACAUGUCUUGCCCUAAGCCGGGACGGCAAAUACCUGGCUGUCGGCGAAACUGGUUAUGCCCCCCGCGUCCUUAUCUUCAGUCUCGAGGACAGCUCCUCCGAUGUUCCUCUCGUCUCCAUCAGCGAGCACGGCUUCGGCGUCAAGGCCGUCGCUUGGUCCGCCGACACCCGCUGGCUCGCCUCCCUCGGUGCCGCCAACGACGGCUUUCUCUAUCUAUGGAAGAUUGACCCCAGGACUGGGGCAGCCAAGCUCCACCAGCAGAACAGGUGCACCUCGAAUAUCAGGGGAAUGGUCUGGAUGGGGAACAGCCUCGUGACUCUGGGCGUUCGUCACAUCAAGGUCUGGAAAGUCGACGAAGGUUCUUCAGUGUCUCCGACGAAGCAGAAGUUUUCCGCAGAAGGGUCCACAGCCUCUCCCUCGUCGCGAAGGACGUUGCCGGGCCGAAACGUCUUGCUAGGGCCACUCCUCGAGGAAACAUUUACAUGCGCCGCCGUGGUGGACGACAACAAAAUCAUCAUCUGCUCCGAAGGAGGCGACGUUUGCAUCGUCGACGACGACGGGAAACAAAUGAAGCUCAUGGGCUGCGUCAACCUCGGCUUUCCCAUCCGCUCCAUCACCAUCCGACACGCCACUGCGUACAUCGGCGGCAAGGCCGGCCAGUUUGCUACUCUCAGCGUUCGCUCGGUCCUCGACUGUCUGACAGACUGUGUGUUGACCAAAAGCCAAUCACCGACCGGCUUGGUGGCGAUGGGUUUCUUGAUUGAAAAUAUGGUCACCAUUGACAAGAAGCACCAUAUUGACAUUUGGAGUUCUAGUUACCUCCCGGGCCAGACGGAGGAGGACCUGUCACACAUCCAGAUCCCUGGUCACGGCAAUCAAAUACUGGGUAUCCAGGCGUUGCCCAGGCCCAAUCACCAAAAUGCAGCCUUUCUUACCUGGUCCGGUUCGGGGAGCGUGCUGUUCUGGGAUAUGGACGGAAAGAUCAAAGCUUCCUUUGAUGUGCCUAUCGAGCAAACCAUUCCCGAGGAAGAGGGCGAUCCUGUUAAUCAGCUGAGUGUCGUUCGCACGACCAAGGCUGGCAAGCUGCUUAUUGCCGGCGACAAGCUUGGUGUGCUCAGAGUCAUCGACUUGACAACAAACGAGUUCCUCCUGGAAACAAAAGCGCACUCGGCAGAUUGUCUGGGCGUCGCCCUGCACGAAGACGACUCAAGGGUCCUGUUGGCAUCCUACGCUAGGGAUCGGACUGUCCAGCUCUUCCUCCGAUCGUCAGCCGGAACGAUUGAGCACAUGCAAACUCUCGAUUCUCCUGCCAAGGUUGUCAAGGUUGUUAUGCCGUCAGAAAGCCGGAUAAUCACUUGCUCUCUGGACCGGUCCAUGCAAAUCUACGAUAUCGUCAGUAAAGACGACAACCCGGAUGCCAUCGCUGCCCUCAACACACGAAACAUUGCUCUCAAGGCAUCGCCUACCUCCAUCGUGCUCGGGCCUGGGGAUAAGACUGCCUUUGUCGCCAUGCUUGAUCGUUCUGUCUGCCAGUAUGACUUGAGCAGCGGCAAGCAAGUUUCAUCCUUCCGUUGUGUCGAUGAAGGAGGUGUUGAGGCCGCCAUCCUUGACUCCUUGGUUGCGGGAACAUGCCCCGGUAAAGAGACGGGGUUCAUCCUUGGGCUCUCCAACACGGACAAGUCGGUCAGACUAUACGACACCCAGACUGGCUAUUUCCUCGACCGCGAAUGGGGACACACCGAGGCAAUCAAUGGCGUUGCUCUCGUCGAGGACGAUGAUGGAGGACAAAGCAUCAUCAGCGUGGGAUCAGACGGGACCAUGAUGCUGUGGACCAUGGAUCUGCAGGAGCCUUCGCCCGUGUCAAUGAGUAGGGAUCCAUCGCCGGUCAAGCUCGAAGCUGCAUCCUCACGCCCUCCACUUCGGCGCGUCUUGUCAAAGGCAGAGCUUGCCGAGUUUUCGCGCCCGUCACCGUUAGGUGGGCGUCGUUCUCCACCACGAACGGUUCAGAGACGUUCUUCCAAAUACGGCCUGUCCGUCCACAACACCAGCACGCCGAAGGGCCUUGCGCAGAGCAGCGCCGCUGCUACCAUUGCCGAGGACACCCCUUCUCGCCGGCCAUCCUCUGGCGACAGGUCCAGCAGCCCGCCCAUCAGCCCCAAGGCCCCUCGGGUGACAAGACGCCCUUCCCUUCCCGCUCUCAGCGUGAGCUCCCGUAAGAAGAGCUCGCCGAGUCUCCGGGGCAGCAGCGGAGGGGGCUUUGGGUCGCUCAACAUGGCAACAGAGCAGACGUGCCGCACAUUACGGGCAUACCGCAAGAAGCUCGCCUCGACAGAGCCGAUAGGUCACGAAGUACUCUCGGAACUGGACACGGAGCUGCGUCUCACCGCAGCCGCACUCGGUGACAGGGCUAUUAGGAGCAAAGCCAUGGAUGAGUCUGUCAUCAGCGGCCUGCUUGACCAAUACGAAGAGCGUCUCGCGUCCAUGUUGGACGAAAAGCUCCGCAUUACCUUCCAGCCCAUCCAAAAGGGCAAGGCGAAAGAAGUUCUCACUCCGCUCGAGUCCCCGGCUAAGGUUGACGCCGAGCUGGAGAGGCCAAGCACAGCCAGCGGAGAGUCGAAUUCGACACUAUAA